UUGUUUUCCCUUUAAUACAUUCAAGCCCAACAUCUCCAAGUCAGGGUUCACCAUGUUGAUCUGUACUUCCAGGAUAGGUUCAAGUCAUAUUGAAACAACACUAGGAGCAAAAGCCAGUAACUUCCAUCUGGCUUCCAGUUAGUCUUAGGUUUGCAAGACAGAUUAUAUUACUGCAUAGCUGCAGCCUGUGACCAUGUACAAGGAAAGCCAGGUAUGUUGGCAUUCCCCAGUGAGAUGCAUCAAUGGAUGCAGAGAUCCAGAUCCAAAUCCCCUGGAGUCUGGAUGGAACUCAGGGUCCAAGCCAUUAUCUGACUACUCAUGGCCAGAAGUGUUAGAGGUUUGUGCAAGCUGGUGGCCUAUUCUAUCCAACAUUCUAUUCCCAAAGAGCUCAGUUUUAACUAGGAGAUGCACAGGUAGUGCCUACAAUUUCUCCAAGCGGAGAAACGGCAUGUUACUGGAGAGUCCCAGUCCUUUGCUUCCUCAGCCUCUGCAGGUCUGGCACAUGGAAAGCCCAGAGGCACUGAAGUAUCCCACUCAAGCAGCCAAGUGUUAACAACCUCUCCAAAGUCUAAUUUGCCUUUGAUAUAGACUUAAUUGUUUGCGUCACCCACUGGGCUGGGGGAGGGCUAUAAAAGGGGCUGCAGCCAUUGUCUGAGGCAGAAGAGAGCCCAGGAACAGCUCCCUCUCCCAGUCUUCCUCAUUCAGCACGGUAGUCACAGCCUGUGCAUCAUGCAGCUGGUGGCCAGCCUGGUGUCCGUUCUGCUGCUGGUGUGGAGCGUGAGAGCCACGGCACUGCCUGGAGAUGAGAGACUCGCAAUACAGAGCACCAGGGAACAGAGCACAGUGCGGAAAGACGCCAUCCUGAAGAUGCUGGCGGGCCUGCUGGACAGCGUGGACAUGGGGCGUGAGGUGGCCUCCCCAGACGUGGAAGAGGAGGGCAAGGUGGAGGAGGAGCGGGCAGUGCUGGGACGCCUUGCCCAGCUAUCACCCAGGGACCGCAAGGCUCCCUGCAAGAACUUCUUCUGGAAAACCUUCACCUCCUGCUAGU